GGCUGGGCGUCGCCUUGAAGAGCGCGGCGCGGGGGCUGCCUCGCCUCGCCUCACGGCCGCGCCGGGUCACCUGACUGCGCUGAGCAGCCACCGGGCGGGCAGCCGGAGCCGGAGCGGGCGCAGGGCGGCGGCGGGGCCGAAGAGGCAGCAGCGUUAACAUUAGCCGAAGAUGUCGGGUCAGACGCUGACAGAUCGCAUCGCAGCUGCUCAGUACAGCGUUACGGGAUCGGCUGUGGCCAGAGCCGUCUGCAAAGCAACCACGCAUGAAGUGAUGGGGCCCAAGAAAAAGCACCUGGACUAUUUGAUCCAAGCUACCAAUGAGACCAAUGUUAAUAUUCCCCAAAUGGCUGAUACCCUCUUUGAGAGAGCAACAAAUAGUAGCUGGGUGGUUGUGUUCAAAGCCUUAGUCACAACACACCAUUUAAUGGUCCAUGGCAAUGAGAGAUUUAUUCAGUAUUUGGCAUCUAGAAAUACACUAUUCAAUCUCAGCAACUUUUUGGAUAAAAGUGGGUCACAUGGAUAUGAUAUGUCUAGCUUUAUAAGGCGUUAUAGUAGAUACUUGAAUGAAAAAGCAUUCUCCUACAGACAAAUGGCAUUUGAUUUUGCAAGAGUGAAGAAAGGAGCUGAUGGUGUAAUGAGAACAAUGGCUCCAGAAAAGCUGCUAAAAAGUAUGCCAAUAUUGCAGGGACAAAUUGAUGCACUACUUGAAUUUGAUGUUCAUCCAAAUGAACUGACAAAUGGUGUCAUAAAUGCUGCAUUUAUGCUUCUCUUUAAAGAUCUUAUUAAGCUUUUUGCUUGCUACAACGAUGGAGUCAUUAACUUACUAGAGAAAUUCUUUGAAAUGAAAAAAGGACAAUGUAAAGAUGCUCUUGAAAUUUACAAACGAUUUCUGACUAGAAUGACGAGAGUAUCUGAAUUUCUUAAAGUUGCAGAGCAAAUUGGAAUCGACAAAGGCGAUAUUCCUGAUCUCACACAAGCUCCCAGCAGUCUCAUGGAGACUCUUGAGCAACAUCUAAACUCCUUGGAAGGAAAAAAACCUGGCAAUAGUGAAGGAUCUGGGGCUCCUUCUCCUUUAAGCAAGUCUUCUCCAGCCACAACUGUUACAUCUCCUAGUUCUACUCCAGCAAAAACUAUUGAUACAUCUCCACCAGUUGAUCUCUUUGCAACUUCUUCAACAGCAGCUCCAGUCAGCACUUCCAAACCAUCCAGUGAUCUUCUGGAUCUUCAGCCAGACUUCACAUCAACUGUGCAAGCGGCUUCAGCAGCUCCUGGAGGAGCAACUUCAUGGGGAGAUCUCUUAGGAGAGGAUAAUCUGGCUGCACUUUCCAGUGUUACUUCUGAGCCACAGAUUUCAGAUCCCUUUGCACCAGAACCUAGCCCAAGUACUGCUGCAACUACUGAUGCUGCAACUGCUUCAGCUUCUGCUACAACUACAACUAUUACUGCUGCCACUGCUGAAGUGGAUCUCUUUGGAGAUGCCUUUGCAGCUUCUCCUGGUGAAGCCCCUGCAGCACCUGAAGGGGCAGCAGCACCAGCUACCCCAACCCCUGUAGCAGCAGCUCUUGAUGCAUGUUCAGGAAAUGACCCUUUUGCCCCAUCUGAAGGUAGUGCAGAGGCUGCUCCUGAGCUGGACCUCUUUGCUAUGAAGCCAACAGAGACCAGUGUUCCUGUAGUUACCCCUACAACUAGUGCAGCCACUCCAGUUCCUGCAACUACUCCUUCUCCAGCUGCUGCUGCUACUGCUACUGCUACUGCCACUGCCACUGCCACUGCCACUACCACUACCACAUCUGCCACCACUUCUGCUCCUCCUGCUCUAGAUAUCUUUGGUGAUUUAUUUGAGUCUGUUCCUGAUGUUCCUGCACCACCUAAACCAGAUGCUACUCCUAGCAUAGACCUGUUUGGUACAGAUGCUUUUUCAUCUCCACCACAUGGAGCUUCUCCUGUGCCUGAAAGUUCUCUUACUGCUGAUCUGUUAUCUGUGGAUACAUUUGCAGCAGCAUCUCCUCUACCCACUACAUCUCCAGCAAAGGUGGAUUCUUCAGGUGUGAUUGACCUAUUUGGUGAUGCUUUUGGAAGCAGUGCUUCUGAACCCCAACCUGCAACCCAGGCUGCUUCUAGUUCUUCAGCUUCUGCAGACCUACUGGCUGGUUUUGGAGGUUCUUUCAUUGCUUCCUCUCCAUCACCAUCUCCAGUUACUCCAGCUCAAAGCAACUUAUUACAGCCCAACUUUGAUGCAGCUUUUGGAACAUCAUCUUCAACUUCAACUGCUGGCAGCUCAUUUGAUGCAUCAGUGUUCGAUGGUUUAGGUGAUCUUCUUAUGCCAACUAUGGUUCCCUCUGGUCAGUCCAUAGCAGCUACUGCUGCAGCACCUUCCCCCUCUUCAGCAGCAACCAAAGGCCUUGGAAGUGAUCUUGAUUCAUCUCUUGCAAGUUUAGUAGGCAAUCUUGGAAUUUCUGGUACAACUUCAAAAAAGGGAGACCUUCAGUGGAAUGCUGGAGAAAAGAAGUUAACAGGAGGAGCUAAUUGGCAACCAAAAGUAGCACCUGCAACGUGGUCAACUGGUGGUGUCCAAAGUGGUUCGUUGACAGGAACUGUGCCUCCAGCAAGUGCUGUUCCCCCGACAGCAGGUGCCCCCCCUGCUGCGCAGCCAGGAUCAGGAUUUGGAAUGCCUCCUGCUGGAGCAGGUGUACCCAUGAUGCCACAGCAGCCAGUUAUAUAUGGGCAGCCUAUGAUGCGGCCACCAUUUGGAGCUGCUUCUGGACCUGGUGUACAGCUCUCUCCAAGUCCUACUCCCGCCACUCAGAGUCCCAAGAAACCUCCAACAAAGGACCCGUUAGCAGAUCUUAACAUCAAGGAUUUCUUGUAAACAAUUAAAGCUGCAUUUUUUCUGACUGGAUACUAAAAAAUGUGAGUUUGGAGUCUACAAAUAAUAGUUUGAUGCUCAGAGUUUCAAAGUGAGCCACCAGUACCAAACCCAGUGCUUAUUCAGACUCUUACUUCCAAAACGUGUAGCACAGCUGUGAAAGUGAACAUUAGGAAUGUGUACUACCUUAGCUGUUACCCCCUACUCUCUCUAAAUUUGUGUACUUGGGUUAUUUGUGUUUUACGACUUAAACAAUGGAUGUAUGUUUCCGAUGCCUUCUAGUGCUUUUCUGCACCUAUUCAGUGGGGGCAGAUUAUGCAGCUGUUGUGUGGUGAGCCAUUUGGAGCGAUGUGUCUGUGUUUUUUGAAGGUUUCAAUGUAUAUAACUUUUUGACAAACACCUGAAAUUUCCCUAAGAGUUCAGUUUCUCCUGUAUCUGUUUAAAAAAAAAACAAACAAAACCCUAGCGUGAUGACACCCAAUAGUAAAAAAGCACUUAACUAUGAUAGUUUUGUGUGGAAUACAUUUUUCCAAUCACAAGCAUCUCAAUUGUUGUGAGAAGUUUUAUUUUUGUGACACUAUAUAUGUUAAGAUAUAAUUUAAAGUAAUAUAAAGGUAACAUUCCAUGACUUCUUUCAAGUUAUUUACAAAGUAUGAAAAAUCAUAUCUGAAAAUACCUUAUUUAUCAUUUGUUUUUUAUUUAAAAUGUAUUUUAACUGAGUUUUUGCAUUUAAAUUGGCCUAUUUAUCAGUUCUUGCUAAAUGCACUGAAAAUAAGUAAAGGGUCAGUUUCUCUCCAAAUAGCUUAAAAAAAAAAAAAAAAAGGCAACCAUAGUUGUUCUGGCAUUAAGAGAUUUUUUUUUUUUUAAAUACAGAAGCACUCUUUGGUAUAUCUGUAGUCAACAUUAUCACAAGUGGUGUUUUUUUCAUUUUUAUUUAUCUUGUAUGUACAUCUGUUAAUUUAGUGCUUACAUGUGUACUCCUUAGACUAGCAUUUUUCUCCAUUCCCCAACCAUGCUGUGAGUAGCUUUUGUACUAUUUGUGAUUUAGGUCUAAUACUGAUCCAGAGAACUACACCCUUUACUGUACGUAUUGUGUUUCUUUGAUUUGUUUUGUUUUGUUUUGUUUUGUUUGUUCUCAUACUGUUUUGUGCUGAUGGCUUGGCUUAAGAAUUUAACUCUAAAUGAAGUCACUGUUGAUCAGUGUUACAAGUGGCUUGGCAGCUCUCUGUAAAAGCAUAUUGGGUUGGAAAGAUGUUCACUUAAGUCUUUCAAAUUACUAUUUAAUCAAUGUAUGGUACCAUUAAAAGUGGUUGUAUCUGAAUUUACUGUGGGGAUAACAUACACCAUAAGGGGGGAGAGUUAUAUAAAGCUAAUUUCAAAAUGGCUCUUUGUAUUUUGGUUUAAAAACCCAGUGCAUGUAUGCCCUCUGAGAUGAUGCAAUAAACACCUUGAUCAAAGUAAA